UCAGCCAUGGCUUCGGAAGCAAAGCCCAUCUUUCGAGCAGUUUCAACAUCUCCAAGGCCGUUAUACCAGCUUCUUCGAUGCAUAGACUUUGCACAAAGGGUCCACGUGCAAAUCACCGAGGAUGGCAUCCGCUUUGCGGCCGACAAUUCGCGAGUAAUGCAAGGGGUUGCAUUUCUGGACAAGACUCUGUUUUCUGCGUACACCGUGAACUUUCCCAUAUCAGAAGAUGGCGAGCCUGAAUAUCCCAACUUCCAAAUCCCACUGUCGACAUUUCUUGAGGUGCUGCAGAUCUUUGGGUCUGUAGAUGUGGCUGCUCGAGCUCAGAAGGCCGACCAAGACCCAUAUCGAAGUAACAUACGCAACUACAGGCCAAGUGCGUUUAGCAACCAGACUCUUGGCAUACCUGGAACCUGCACAUUGUUAUACGCGGAGGAGGGCGAUGCCUUCAAAGUCACCCUCGAGGAAUCCGGCAUCAAGACGACCGCGGGACUGGCGACCUACCUCCCCGAGAUGCCAGAAGACAUUCCCUUUGACCGUAACGACUUGACGUUCAAGAUCAUCAUGUCAUCCCGCACCCUGUUUGACUGCAUUGCCGAGAUCAUACCCGCGGGGCCCGUCAAGCUGAACAUUGCAGCCACAAAGACGUCGCCGUUCCUGACCCUGUCCUGCGCUGGAGACAUAGGCAGCUCCAGCGUGGACUUUGCACGAGGCAAAGACCUUCUCGAAACCUUUACCAUCUCCGACCGCUGGUCGCAGGCAUACAAGUUUGACUUUAUCAGACACGCCAGCGAGGCGAUGCGCAUUGCAAGCAAAGUCAGUCUUCGAGGCGACAGCCAGGGCGUCUUGAGCCUGCAGUUCAUGGUGGACGUCGAGGGAGGCAAGAGGAGCUUUUUGGACUUUCGGUUUGUUCCGUUUGCCACGCACGAUGAUGGAGAUGAAGAUGACGAGGUUGAUUCGGAAGCAUACGAGUAA